AUGGUUAUGACGUGCGCUGCAUCGUUUUGUUACAACAAGAGUGGACAGAAACAAUCCAAGGUUUCGUUUUUCAGGUUUCCGAAGAACGUUGAUGAGUGUAAUCAAUGGGCAUCCUUAAUUGGUCGGAAUGACCUGAUAAAUUGUAAUGUUCAGUUUCAAAGAGUCUGUUCCGAACAUUUUGAAGCUACAUGCUUUACAUCUUCAUCGGUGGGACGACAGCAAGUGCGUCUUAUCAGUGGUGCUAUGCUCUCAAAGAAGAAGCAAAACAAUGCAGAGCUUGAUACUGUCACUUUCAACGUUGAAACCGCAACUUCUGAGAACAAGUAUCUAUGA